CUAGCUGGAAAGUGCAAAGUAUACUAUGGGUACGGAAUGUCAACAAAUGUGACAUUUUUAGUGGUUAGAAACCAAGAGAUCAGGUUGCGGUGCACCCGUACGGGUGAACAUGAAACACUACCCUUGUCUAGAUUUUUACCUCCAAGUGAAAGAAUCGCAACAUGGAAGAUGCACUUGCCCAAAAAUACGACCGAAUUCAACAGUUCGCUACCCGCGACUGGUUAGGACCAAGCAGUGCGUCGUUAGCAAGGUUGGAACGCGUCAAGGCCAAUGUGCAUAACAUCACACCUACGCUGUCCAAAAACCUACGUCCAACCUCCGCCAGCCGCACCCACAAAACAUACACCGAGUUGGACACAGCUCCACCUCUUGCAUCCAAGGCACUCCAUUCCACUGCAUCAGCAUGGGGCAGUGAUGCUUCCAUUCCAGAGCUCAUCAAGCAGCAAGGGGAGAGACAAUCCCAGCGGCAGGAGAGCACCAAGGGGCCGCGCCGUCCCUGGAGUGGUCGCAAGGUGCCCUCUAGCCCAACCCAGCGGAGGCCCAGCUCGGAGAGCAGUGCCGCUGAAGCAGAGAACGAGUCUCAGCGCAGGCUGAACGCCUUUAUUAACGUGAAAGGAGCCAAGUAUGACCCAAAGAGCCGCCCACCCAGUGGCAGGGGUCCAAGGCAGACCACGGGCACAGCCUUGGCCGAGCUGAUGGUGGGCUUGGAGGAACUCAGUCAGCAACAGGUGGAGAGCACUCUUGAGGAGUUCAUCAGGCACCAGCCCAGCCCCAGAAGGCAUGACCUGGCGCGGCUUUCCGCUAUGUAUGGUGACCAUCCAUCACUGGUGGUCCCUCCCCCUGCCCCUCAUGGCUCACCCAUUCCUGAUGAGCAGGUGCCUGGUGAAAAUGUUGAUGAAGAGAUAGCAGUUUCCGAGGACGAGGACAAUGCAGUUGAACAUGACAGUGAUAGUCAUGGGACUCCGUACAAGGAGAUAUCAGUCAAACAGCCAACCGUCCCUCAGCUCUUGCGACGUCCCACCCCUGAACCAGUGAGACUGUCCAUGACAAUACCUGCUGUGGAGGAUGAUACAAGUGAACCUGAGCAGGAAGUGGAUGACUUCAUUGAUUCUGAUGGACCUCAGGAGGAAUCAUCAGAUGGCAAGCAGCCAACAGAUCUAGAGCUUCAGAGUGUGACCAGUGAAGUCUUGUCUCAACUUGAGGAACCCUCCAACAGUCCCUCUGAGCUGCCCUACCGUGACCAACCCACAUCCUCAAACUCUGAGCAACAUGUCAGGGUGGUUCUUCGGGGCUUGCCAGAAAAAAAGGACAAAGUGGCAGAUGGAGAAGUUUUGGUGGGUACCUCCGAUCCCGAAGAGGUCAUUGAGAAGAAGUCCCAAUAUAAACCUAAAAGCAAACAUUCGGUCCACAUCAUGGAGGAGCGUAAUGUCACAAUUGAUAUAACGCCCCGUGAUAUCUUGAAACCGUUUGUACCCCACCCGCCGGUUGGAAAGAGACAACCCCAAAGUGCAGCCAAUGCAAGUAGGAAUGUUACUGAGACAGCAUCCAGUGCUCCAGGCUCCAGAGCUACAAGUGUUUCCCCAGCCCAAAAGAUACCUGCUAGAGCCAAGACUGCAAGACCCCGAUCAGCGAAGGUACCAAUUGUUGGAGUGGAGUACGGGGAUGAUACGGAACAGUCUAAGAUGGAAGGUCCACAGUCCAAAUCGGAUGGUGUUCAGCACAGCAAGACACAGCCGGACGUUGAGACCAUGAUGUCACGGAUGGCUCUAUCAGAGGAAACUGAUGAUAUUAAGCCGGCAACUGGAGCAUCGUCGGUCACCAGACAGAUAUCCCAAACCUCCUUCAAGAGGAACUACUACGAGUUGUCAAGGGAGUUGACUUACCCCACCCAGGCAGCUGUGCUCACGACUAAGACCAUCCAGUUUGGAGACCAAGGGCCCACGGAGGAGAAGUCGGUCUCCGUCAUCAGACAGGCGACAGAGCCUUUCCGGUCUGCCUUGCUGAGGCAAGACAAGAGGAAAGACGUGGGUGAAGGACUGAGGGGGAGAGCCGGUAGCACAAGCAGUGACGAUGCCUCUUGUCGGACGCACAGCAUUAUCAGGAGACCAACCAAGCCUGCCAAUAACGUCGGCAUGACAGCUCUGCCCAGACCUGAGUCAAGAAUGAGUCACAGACAAGGAGAUACCGAUAUCAGCACAACCCCAGGGGAGAUGGAAAUGGCUGAGCAGUCAGAGCCAGUCACUAAUGGCAAAGUAUCUCUCGUGCCCACAAGGCCGGUCUCUGCUCCGAGCAAGGGACAUAGUGCAGAGAUUGCUUCUGGAAGAAAAAGUCCAGGGAAGAUGAGAAGACGUCCGCAUUCGGCCAAACCUCCUGCAAAUAUGAGAUCUGACGUUUGUAAACUUGCCAGCAAAUCUAGCACAGCCAUUGUGGUCACACCAAAGAAACGUGCUAUUGACUACAAGAGGAAUCGAGAGGCAGUGAAAGCAUUACGAGAGGGCACCCUCAACAAGGAGAAGAAAUACUCCAAGCUGAUUGUUGCAGCGGACGAGCCCAAGCCAAUUAUCCGAAGACCAAGGAAACAGGAGUCGGAAUCAUCCGAAGAAGAGGAACCACAAAUCGUCCCGUUAAGCGCUCAAGAACAAGAAAUGGAAGACAUGCAUCAACAGCUGCUAGAGAGGGGUGUCAAUGUGUCUGCACAUACCCUGGCAAGGGGACUUUUACCUCCCACCCAGCGAGGUUAUGAUGACUGCUUGUUAGAACUUCCAGAAAAAUCCUCCCUCGGAUUGUUGAAUCAGCCAGAAGUUUGGCUUGGGAAGCUGUUCCGAAAAUACAAAUUGGCAGAAAAAGCACUAGCGAUAGCCAACGAAAGGAUGGCCAUUCAGGCAGAGGCCGAAGCCAAAGUAGCGGCCAAGGGUCCGGCCAAGAAGAAGAAGAAGAGUGGGGGAAAGAAGAAGUUGAAGCACAAGAGGAGCAACACGGUGACGUGAACAGCGUGACGGACAGUCCCCAGUCACCCCCUGCCACAUUAUGCAGCAAAACACAGAUGCGCAAAACUAAUGCCGGGGCUGUAUGGGAAUCGCCAAAUGGAUAGGCCACUCGGUCAGUCUUUGUCCGAGAUGGUCAGCCCAACUCUGGCACCCUUAAACCUGAGUGCACCACCAGGAUUAUAGCCUCAUAAAGUCAUUCUUAAAGGGUGUUUACUUCAUAAUUAUAAAGUGAAGAUGUGGCAGUUGGCAGUUUCAAGCCACUUUUUCCCUUUUCUUUGUGGACUUUUUUUUUAAAUAAUGGGAAGACUUUCUCCGCUCUUAAGAAAGGUCAUUAAAAAUGAAAUAGAGCUGGGUUUAUAGAUAUGGAUUGAACGCAUCCAUCGUGCGAAGCACUGAGCGAAUUUAUGUUCAUGUGAAUUAAUUCAUUGCUGUGUGAGAGUGUAGUUCAAAACUCCGCUAUAGCCAAAUGCAAGUCACCUGCCCUGGAGCGGUUCGAUGGUCUGGAUCUUGCAGAUACCAACUAAUCUGAAGAGAUUUGCUCGGAAUUCAUGAAUUUUGCAAAUUAAAAAACAGCGGUACGGGAAGAUCAUCCGCAUAUUUGUUUUGUAUAAAUCGGUGUUUCCACAGCAAUCUGUAAAUAUCACACCACAAAAUAACACUGACCUCCUAUUAUUCAUCAGAAUGACGAAAUGGAAAUAUCUCGAUAAGCUAGAAUAGGACAGGUCAUCAGCUGGGAAGAGAUUCUGCUUUGAGAAAUGCACACCAUCAAUGGAAAUAUCAGAUUACUGAUUCCCCCCCCCGGUCUGUGGGUAAUUUUGCUGGGUAAUCAUUUAAGUGCAUAUAAGAUUUACCUCUAACAAGAAAUGGCCGCUUGGUCUUAAAUAAUCCUUAGUUUUUGUGGAGUGUGUCGUAAAAAUCAUAGGCCUACUGAAAAAAAACUCUCUGAAAUUUGAAGAAUAA